GGAGAUUUCAUAAAGCAAGCAACUCUCCACAGGCCAAAAAACACGAGCAUGUCUCAGAGGAUGACGAUGAAGAGCAGCCAGGUGGUUUAGUCCAUUUAGUGAUUUUAUUCAUUAGCCGGGUCAUUUCAUAGAUGCGCAAGCGUGGUGCAGGCCAUCAACAAGGUUUAGACUAUAGCAUGAAACACCUUGUUUGUCCUGAAUAUGACAUCGUUAUCCAAGAUCCUGCACUAGCGGAGGCUGAGGAGGAUUGACGGAACGCAUGAUUGAAAUAAUCACGUUUCCUCCCCCCUUGAUGUGCUCAAACGGAGGUGUGUGGAGGAGAGAGCGAUUGCCGAUGCCCGGAGAAAACAGCCGCCUGUGUGCAGGCAGCUGUGGACCAGAGGAAGGUGGUACCUGAGUGUUUAUUAUCCGGGAUCUGACUCCGGAGGCGCGGCGCUGAGGCAUGGGCUGCGCUCCCAGUAUCCACGUCUCUCAGAGCGGGGUGAUCUACUGCCGAGACUCGGACGAAUCCAACUCCCCCCACCAGACCACCACCAUCUCUCAGGGUACCGCGGCAACGCUACACGGGCUCUUCAUCAAGACCGAUGCGGCCGAGACCAUCCCCUCCGUCCUCACCUACCAGAGCCGCCCCUCGCGGAACAACUCCUGCCGGGAUCGCAAGGAGAACAGCGGCGGGCACAUCCGCAUCGAGGCCGAGACGCAGACCAGCCACAACAGCGUCAAGGUUUCAGCUACAGAAGAAUGUGUAGGACCGAUGAAACUGACUCAAGAGCCCAUUCAGGUCCUGCUGGUGUUCGCCAAGGAGGACAGCCAGAGCGAUGCCUUCUGGUGGGCCUGCGACCGCGCCGGCUUCAGGUGUAACAUCGCACGCACCCCCGAGACCGCCGUAGAGUGUUUCCUGGAGAAACACCAUGAGAUCAUAGUCAUUGAUGGACGCCACUCACGCUACUUUGAGCCUGAAGCUGUGUGCAGGUUGAUCCGCGCCACAAAGCCCUCGGAAAACACAGUUAUUCUGGCCGUCUUGCCACAGAAAGCGGCGGACCAGGAGGAGCCAUCUGUUCUUCCUCUCCUCUGUGCCGGAUUCAGCAGAAGGUUUGUGGAGAACAGCAGUGUGUCGGCCUGCUAUAAUGAGCUCAUACAGAUUGAACAUGGAGAAGUGCGCUGCCAGUUUAAACUCAGAGCUUGUAAUUCUGCCUUCACUGCUUUGGAGCACUGCCAAGAGGCUGUGGAGAUCACCAGUGAAGAUCACAUCAUACAGUACGUGAACCCAGCGUUUGAGCGGAUGAUGGGCUACCAAAAGGGGGAGUUGAUCGGGAAGGAACUGACUGAACUCCCCAAGAGUGACAAGAACAGAGCCGACCUGCUGGACACCAUCAACACCUGCAUCAAGAAAGGAAAGGAAUGGACGGGCAUUUACUAUGCCAGAAAGAAGUCCGGCGACAGUUUACAACAACAUGUGAGGAUAACGCCGGUCAUCGGCCAAGGAGGGAAGAUUCGACAUUUUGUAGCCAUCAAGAGACCUCAUAUUGACAACAAUAAUCAGGUCCACAAGCUGAACAAGGAGGAGAAAUGCAGCGGGGAGCAUUCACAGUCAGAGUGCCAUUCUCUACGUCACCGGGACAGGAGGAAAGACUCGAUUGAUGCCAGAUCCACCAGCUCUCGCAGUAGUGACGCUCCCAGUUUACAGAAUCGAAGAUAUUCCUCCGUCGCCAGGAUUCACUCCAUGACUAUCGAGGCUCCUAUCACAAAGGUAAUAAACAUCAUCAAUGCAGCCCAGGAGAGCAGUCCGGUGACGGUGGCCGAGGCCCUGGAUCGGGUGUUGGAGAUCCUGAGGACCACCGAGCUCUACUCUCCGCAGCUCGCCUCCAAAGAAGACGACCCCCACACCAACGACCUGGUCGGGGGGCUCAUGAGUGAUGGGCUGCGGAGACUCUCUGGGAAUGAAUAUGUCUUCUGCAAAAAUAUGAGCCAGAGCCAGCUGGCCAUCCCCAUCACUCUGAGUGACGUCCCCCCCCCCAUCGCUGAGAUGCUGAACGAUGAGGAUUGCUGGGAGUUCAACAUCCUGGAGCUGGAGGCGGCUACACACAAGAGACCGCUGACGUACCUCGGGCUGAAGAUCUUCACGAGUUUCGGGGUGUGUGAGUUCCUGAGCUGCUCGGAGGCCACGCUGCGCUCCUGGCUGCAGCUGAUGGAGGCCAGCUACCACUCCUCCAACUCCUACCACAACUCCACCCACGCCGCAGACGUGCUGCACGCCACCGCCUACUUCCUCCGCAAAGAGAGGGUCAAGAGCAGUCUGGACCAGCUGGAUGAGGUGGCGGCCCUGAUAGCGGCCACGGUUCACGAUGUGGACCACCCGGGCCGGACCAACUCCUUCCUGUGUAACGCCGGCAGCGAGCUGGCCAUCCUCUACAACGACACGGCGGUGCUGGAGAGUCACCACGCCGCCCUCGCCUUCCAGCUCACCGUCAGAGACAGCAAGAGCAACAUCUUCAAGAACAUAGACAGGAAUCAGUUCAGAACACUGCGACAGGCAAUCAUCGACAUGGUGCUGGCCACAGAGAUGACUCGACACUUUGAGCACGUCAGCAAGUUUGUCAACAGCAUCAACAAGCCAAUGGCGGCCAUAGAAGAGACCAGCACCAGUAGUGUGAACAGCGACUGUGACGGUCAGGCCAACAUCAGGAACUCUCCGGAGAACCGUCUGCUGAUAAAGAGGAUGUUGAUCAAGUGUGCCGAUGUGGCGAACCCCUGCAGACCCCUGGAGCUCUCCAUCGAGUGGGCCGGGCGCAUCUCUGAGGAGUAUUUUGCACAGACAGAUGAGGAGAAGAGGCAGGGGCUGCCCGUGGUGAUGCCGGUGUUUGACAGGAACACCUGCAGUGUGCCCAAAUCUCAGAUCUCCUUCAUGGAUUACUUCAUCACUGAUAUGUUUGACGCCUGGGAUGCCUUCGCCAGCCUGCCUGGUCUCAUGGAGCAUCUGUCGGAGAAUUACAAUUACUGGAAGGGCCUGGACGAGAUGAAGUGUAAGAGCCUGCGUCCUCCUCCUGCUUCUUGACGGAGUCCUCGGAGCAUGGCAGGACAGCGAACGCAGCCCCGCGCUGGAACAAUUAGUCUCUUCUGCUGUGAUUGGACGGGGACACGGCCCCGGAGCAGGGCCCUCGGGACCCUGAGAGCAGACAGGACGGACACUGAGACGCCGUUUCAAUCUCAAAUCACAGCCUCUUUUCCUUUACGUGGUUCUCGGUUGAGCUGGGGUUCUUCCAGAGGACACCAGGUUGUCAUUUGAGGGCCCUGUCGACUCACUACUCCUAAAAACCCCUCCAUGAAACUGUGUGGCCCCUGCGGCCCACCUGACAAUCUGCACCAUACAGUGUAACACACCACAAACCUGCACUUUAGCUUAUCAAGACUAUUCCAUUUGGAGCGUCCUCUUGCUUUUCACAGUUUUUUCCUGUAAAUCUUUUCACUCUACGUCUGUCUAUUGCUGAAUACGAUGGUGACCAAAGCUACAGGCACUGAAGUGAAAGCUUGUUCCUUCAAGAUGCCAACUUGUGAAGGUGCUCACCUGGAACCAUCCAUUACUAUGAGCUGUGAUGCUGUCUACAGUAUGAGACUCUGACUUGUGUCUGGGACCAAAAACUUUAAUGAUAAAGUAUCAGAAAUCAUAUUUAGCCAAUUACCAGGGUCCAAUCAGAGAGGGAGAACAUGCUUCUAAAUGUCCAGCCCCGUAUCCGAGCUGCCAUGGAAGAAGGGCUGCUGCGUUUGAGAUUAUGUCUUGGUUUAAAGAUCAUGUAGCUUCAUCACGGUAUCAUUGUCCUUUGUGCACUGUGGAAGAAGUCAGUUAAGAUCAAAUAGAGGAACAUAAUUGCACUGUAUCAGAGCUGCUUAAUUUAGCUGUGAUUAAGUAAAAAUAUAACAUAGCUUUGUGACACCAACUGUAGACACCCACAUAGGAAGGACACAUUUGACUUGGGAGGAUCUAAGCAAGAAUAACCUUUCCAUGAAUGUUGUACUGUACGAAAUAAACAAAUCCUGUAGAGUCCAUGCAACGUCAAAGCAGUGAGUCGCUGUGUCUGACCUCUCGGUGACCUCUCGAUGUAGGAACAGGCUCCUCAUCUUGUUUGGAUCCAGCUUGUAAACAGCAGCUGCAGAUCGACCGUCUGCUCAUCUGCUCCCGCUCUCACGUGGUUUCUGCUGAACCGGUUUGACUGUUUCUAGAAAUCUUGCAACUCACCUUGCAUUCGGGGAAAAAAUCUAGUCUGCACAUGAUUUUCAGAUUAUUUAAUUUCAGAGAAACAAGACCCUCAGAUGGUGAUAUGUGCAGGAAGUGUCUGCCCUCUGGUGGCCACAUGGGGGAAUUGCAGUAGCAACAUUAAAUCUGUGAAAAUCAGAUUUAGAUACAUUACCCCACUUUUACCAGAAACAUUUCUUAUUUUGCUUUAAUAUGAGCAUUUAACUAGAAUGACCUCUUAGUGUAUGCUUCUGUGUAACUUUCAAUUUUAACAUAAAACAAUUGGGUUGGACAUCAAACAGUAAUCAAUCUGCAGAUAUCCAUAUUACCCUUGAGUUUAACUCCAACAAACGCUCAUUAAAGUAUUAACUAAAGGCACGGAAAGUUAUAUACUGGUGCCUUAUUAUUUUAUAAUUUCGUGCAAACAGAAGUACUUUUAGUUGCAAUAUGUCCUCCUCUUCUCUCAAAAAAAAGCCAUACAUGUUUUAGAUACUUUAGAAUAAAAUAACGACCUACAAUAUGUUGCUUUAUGGUCUGUGCUACCGUUUUGUGAGUCAGUGUUAAUGGUUCUGUCACAAUGGUCCUCACAUUUGAUCCUUUCUGUUUUGUACGACUGAGGUUGAAUCAGGGGAAGUUAGAUCAGAUGUGAAUUCCACUAUUGCUUUUAGAGAUCUCCUUUCAGUUCCCUUUGUAGAGAACUGGUCCACUUUCAAUGUGUUCAGAAUAAUGUGUUGUCAUUUUAUUGAUGACCAAGGUCUUAAUCAAAGCCUUAAUCUUGUCAUGUCUCAGUGUUUUAGGCCUGCUAUUGUUGCAAUACACUGUAAACUACCUAAUGUACCUGCUGUUCCUGUAAAUACUCGCCCACUUUAUUAUUUUUGCUUUACAUUUUCAAUUAUUUGCUUGUCACUUUUUUUUAGCGGUUAUGUGUCGCAGGGGUGAUUUCCAAAAUCUCAGACUUGAAAUGUGGCUGCAGCCCUGAAUGUUUCAUCACAUGAAGAUAUUUUUGCUAGUCGAUAAUGAAGAUUUCUAUACACAAAGACGAUUGAAAUAUUUUAGAUUGACAUGCCUUUCCUGUGAGCAGCAGUGACUGGAGUUUGAUGAUAUGGAUUAGAUCAGAUCUCAGUCUGCUGAGGCACUGACAGAUUGUGGAACUGCUUGUUAUGAACUAAUGAUAAGCCUUCAUCACGAACAGUGAUUUCUAUUUCCUCUCUUCCAUCUCUGACACCGAUGGCCGUGGCUGCGUGCCAAUCCUGUGUGGUUUUCUAUCAUUUAUAAACAACAAUUAGAAAGUGACAACAUUAUAUACAGAACAAAUUAUUUUUCAAAGACAGAUUAUUGGCCAUGAGAACUGUAAUGUGUGUUUUGAAAGAUGUUACUGCCUCGUGCAUAGUUGUGAACAAAAAGCUUUCCAUCAGAUCAACUAAAUCUCUACCUUGUUUGUUUGAAAAGUUGAAUUAAGUUUGCUCUCUGGAUUAUGAUGUCUUAUUUUGAUGUUCUCUGUCAAACACCAAAAUGUAUUGUGAGAGACGAUUAAAGCAUUCUUUAAAUAUCAA